AUGAGGCAAGGGGAUCCCACUUCUCUGUUUCUUUUUGUUGCUGUUAUGGAAGCCUUGUCUCGUUUAAUUGACAAGGCGGGGGAGGCGGGUGUUUUCUCGGGUAUUAAGCUUCCUAACGACGGUCCGAUGUUGUCCCAUUUAUUAUUUGCGGAUGAUGCUUUGAUAAUUGGUGAUUGGGAAGAAAGUAAUGCUUUACAUAUUAUUAGAAUUUCAAGGUGCUUCCACGUGUGCUCUGGGCUGAAAAUUAAUUUGGGAAAGUCUAAUUUGAUCGGUAUUGGCGUUGAUGGUUUGGAAGUAGAAGCUUUGGCAGAAGUCGUUGGUUGCAAACCGGAUUCCCUUCCGUUUAAGUAUCUUGGGCUUAAGGUGGGGGCUAAUAUGAACCGUGUAAAUAAUUGGAGACCUGUGUAUGACAUUUUUGAAUCUAGGCGUGCUCUUUGGAAAUCCGCUAUGAUGUUUAUAGGAGGGAGAGUUACGCUUAUUCGUUCGGUCCUCGAGAGCCUUCCCAAUUAUUACUUCUCCUUAUAUAAGGCGCCCUUGAAAGUUGUUAAAGAUCUGGAAAGCCUCAUUAAAAAGUUUCUGUGGGGAGCUGAGGGCCGAGUGAGGCUGUUGGAUGGUAUCUCUCGGCUCUGUGAUUGCUUUAGGGGAUCGGUGGGUAGGGGAGAUAAUAUACUGUUUUGGUUGGAUCCUUGGUUGAUGGAGGUUCCUUUGAAGGAGGCGUUCCCUAAGUUGUUUGCGCUUGAAGUUGUUAAGACUUGCUCGGUGCGUGAUUGGUUGUUAGGUGUAUGGCUUUGGAAACAUGAGCCUGACAUGGUUGACGAGUUGGCGGAAUUGUCUGCUCUCAAAGAAGCCAUGGCUCCGGAUUGCUUAAUUGACAGGAUGGACGACUGGAAACGGACUCCCGAUCAUUCCGGAUUAUUUUCAGUUAGCUCUGUUAAAUGUGUUUUGGAAGGUGUCAACAACAACAUCAGUAACUAUGUGGUCGAAUGGUGCAAAUGGGUCCCGAUUAAGUGUAACGUUUUCAUUUGGAGAGCGGAAUUAAACAGAAUUCCCACUGCCGAUGCAUUGCGGCGUAGGGGCAUUGUUGUGGGUGACGAGGCUUGUCCUCUUUGCAAGUUGGAGAUUGAAUCGGUGGAGCAUCUCUUCGCGUCUUGUGUAACGGCUGUGGUCCUGUGGCAAAAAAUUAGUCGUUGGUUGUCGAAUUCCUCCCAUCUUUGCAUUUUCAUUUAA